CCAGGCUUCAUCGAUAACCAAUCUUCCCUCUCUUUGGUAGGUCACGCUCCAAGCGCCAUGUAUAGGUCAGAUAUGGCCUCAGACGUAGACACGUGACUCCAACAGAACUUAACUAUCGGGCAUGUUAUCACAAGAGACCGCCGCAAAGGGAUAUAACAGACUUACAAGGCAGGUUGUGCUGUGCCACAUGGUUGUUGAGAGAGACUGCAAUGAGAACAAUUGCCGGUAUCGUCCUUAUAGCAGUAGUCCCUAUGUAAUUCUGCAGCAGGUCUUUAUGCUCGUCGAAAAGCAACUCUGGAGAGUCCACAUCCCGAAGCCUUUCAGCCAAGUCAGGCUUUCCCGCUCGGGGUCGAUACUCUCAUGCCAAUCGCACCAGUCCUUGGACGUUGUAGGUGGUGUAGGAGUCGCCAUCGUCUGUUUCCUUCCCGGGUCCGGAUUUGCGAUAACGUUGUUCAGGCCAGGGAGACCUUGUCCGUGAACCUUCUUGUCGAUGCAAUAGCCUGUAGAACGACAGACGCAUUAUUGAGCGAAGUGAGUAGGAAGAGAGUAGAGACUUGAUGUUUGUCGAGCAGCUUGCUACUUGUUUGCCCGUGACCGAUGCAGUGACGUGUGCCUUCAUCAGAAAAACACGUGAACACACCAUGAGUGCAAAUGGCGAUGGUAACAGAGCCCUACUGGGAUUCAACCAGGGUGUAGAAG